AUGGACCCGGAGUCACGAAAACUGUGGAAGACUGAGCUGAGUGAGAAGGACCAGGAGUUCGUGCCGGAGGUGGACGAGCCGGAAUGUGAGACAAGGCAAAUAGCUCUUGGAUCGCUCCAGUCGUUACAUUGUCGCUUUUCUCGAGAUCCCAAGGUCGCUCACGCGUAUCAAGAAUUUCUGAAGGUGUACGAAGAUUUAGGGCACAUGGUUCGAGUUUCAGAGUCGGAGAUUCGGCGAGAAGGUGCUCCUCUUCAAAGUGACCUCGAGUUGAUUUUGCUUAAUUGGCGUAGAUAUUUAUUUGCGUUUACUGCGGAUAUAGUUAAGAUGUUUAGGCAGAUCAAGGUGCAGCGCGAGGAUCAGGACUUUCAGAGGAUCGUUUGGGUUCCUAUUGCUGAUUCUCCUCCUGUCGAUUUUCGCUUGACGACAGUCACAUAUGGGACGGCUAGUACUCCGUUUUUAGCUAUUCGCACGUUGCAGCAAUUAGUAGAGGACGAGGGCGCUCGAUUUUCUCUCGGUGCUGAAUGCCUCAAACCGAGACGUAUGUAG